AUGACUGACAAGCUUCCCCCUCCCUUGCUGGCCCUGUUCCAGGCCCGGCCACCCCUUCGCUACAUUCCUCCUACCGACCGUGCCCCGGAGGAGUGCAAAAAAAGCACUCUCACUGGUGUCGCGCAGUACCUGUCUGCCGCGGAGGAGUUCAAGAAGGAGAAACCUUACAAUCCCACUGAAUGCUGGUUGCAACGCAAAGCACGCCAGAAGGCAGAGAAAAAAGAGCUCUUGGCCAAGAAGCUAGCUGAAGGACUGGCGAACUAUGACCCAUCGAAUGAUCCUCAUGCACGAGGUGAUCCUUACAAGAGCCUCUUUGUUGCCCGGCUCAGCUACGACGUGAAAGAGUCAGACCUAGAGAGAGAAUUUGGCCGCUUCGGUCCUAUUGAACGCAUUCGCAUUGUCAAGAACGAACAUUCUACCAAGAAGCCCAACAGAGGUUAUGCUUUCAUUGUUUUCGAACGUGAGCAGGAUAUGAAAGGUAUCAUCCCCAGUGUCACAUCAUUUGCUCAUCACCAACCACCAGCGGCCUACAAGGAAACAGAUGGAAUCCGUAUCAAGGAUCGCCGAGUCGUCGUGGAUGUUGAACGCGGUCGCACCACCAAAGGCUGGAAGCCCCGUCGCCUUGGUGGCAAUGUCGGAGGCCGAGGAUACACCAGAGCCGCGCCAUCUCGCCCUAUUGGACCCGGUGGGUUCCAUGCACCAUCCGGCCCAGGAGGUUUUGGUGGAGGAUUCCGCGGUGGAUUUGGAGGUGGCAGAGGAUUCCGUGGAGGAUUCCGUGGUGGUGAUCGCUUUGGACCCCGUGGAGGCAUUGGUUACCAAGGUGGUCGCCAUGGAUUCGGUGGUGGUGGACAAGCACCUCCCAAUGCCCCCUCAGGUCCCGGUGGAGGACGCAGUGGUGGCUUCGGCGGACGAGGUGGUGGAGGUGGGUUCGGUGGUGGAGACAGAUUCGAUCGAGGUGUUACUGGCAGCAAUCGCGAGCCAGUUCGUCCCCGAGACAACUACGCAGACCGAGACCGUCGUGAUGACCGUGACGGCGACCGUGACCGCUACCGUGACCGCCGCGACGACCGCAAUGGAGGAGAUCGUUACCGGGACCGAGACCGUGAGCGUGAGCGCGAUCGAUACGGUGGCCGGGAAGAUUUCGGACGCAAGCGACCCCGUGAGGAUGGCGCGCAAGACGACCCCCGCUCCCGCCGACGUUACUAA